AUGGAGGAUGACCAGUCUGCCUUGUACCAACCGUAAGUAAAUACACAUAUAAAUAAUCUCAUAAACAACUACUACACAUAAGCAUUUCCAAGACUGCCUGAAUGACUUACAGAAGUCCAUGAGCAAGCAGGUGUCUCAGGAAAUUACUGGCAAAUGGUAUAUAUUUAAAACUGAUACUCAUGGAAAUUAAGUUAAUAUUUUAAGUGUGUAUUGUUGUCAUUCUUCAAAUCAUUAAUGUAUUAUUGUUUUUCUGCAGGUACACACAGAUGGUGACUGUUGCAAAGACACCAAAAGAAUGUUUGGCAAUCUUGGAGGUGGCCAAGAAAGACUUUCUGGGUGUCAUUGGGAAGGCCAUGAGUGAAGAAUCUUUGGACGAAAAUGAACAACUGUACUACCUGGAGUCUCUGCUCAUGCUGAAACAUCUCCAAAGUGCUGGAGUUGUAAAUAAUAUGACCGUAAGUUAACUAAUGUCAUAUAAUUGCUAUAAUGUUGAAUCGUAUUAGCUUUUUUGGCAUAUGUUUAAUUGAUAUGUCACAUUUCCUAUUGUAGCUGAACGAAUGGCUCUCAAGGAAGGCGCACAUCUUGCCAAAUGGUGAGAAAUGGACUGUCUUCAGUGUUAAGCAACACAAGACAGGGACACAGCAGGUGGCAACCGUUUCGUUAGAUGAGGAGGAAGAUGCAGUAAGUAUAUUUACCACAAUCUGGUUAUUGUGAAUGAGAUUGAUUUAAUACAAACCUGGUAAAUAUGUUUUUUUUGUCUACAUUUUCAGUGGUUGGAUACGUACUACCGACACGUUCGACCAGCUUUUCUUCAAAACUGUGAUGACGUGGAAGAAGAUUAGAGAUUCUUCAUUUCCACAGCUGGAAGAGCCAUCUACAAUCCUUCCAAUUACCUACAAAAGUUUCAUGCCAAGUAAGUAGAACACUGUUAAGAACAACGCUGUUUUUUAUCAUUACACAAUGCUUUUAUGACAGUACAGUUUUCUAAAACCAAAACAGUUUUUUCUUGUUCUUUCAUCAGAUACAAACUCCCCAACAUCACCAGCCAGGUAGCAAGGUGAAUUUUUGAGACACAUACCAAAGACAACUUCACAGACCAAGAGAAGGCACUUGUUGCUGACUACUUGGCCCAUACAACUGCUACAGCUGACAGGCACUACCGCAUGAAGACACCAGUCAAUGCCUGCAUGGGAAUGAAGCUGAUCUCCAAAGUUGCCAUGUCCAGUGAAUCUGAGUAAGUAUUUACACUCGUUAUAUAAAUGACCCUUUACAAUGUCUUGUAAAGUUGUUACAUAUGGCUAAUACGUUUUUGUUAUUUUCCCUUUUUCAAGUAGUGAGACUGCAGGCCCCUCCUCCACAAGCACAAGUUAUGGAAGAGGAACAUUGUCCAGCAGCCAAAGGUUGGAUGAGGCACAGGCCUUGAACGUCUUCUACCAAAACUUCCCUGUCACAAUUGAUGGACAAUCAAUCAAGAAGAAGGACAGACUACUGAUUGCAGGAAGGCAUGAGAGAUACUGUUAUGACAAGUGGAGAAACCAGCAAAAGAAAAUGAGACGGAAUUAUGUGAUCGGUAAGAUGCAGCUAAAAUACAAUAGACUGAAUACAAUUUUUACAUAUUAGGUAUUACGAGAAUGUACUUUAUUUAGUCACAUAACUACGACUGUAAGUAGUCCUGGAUAAGGGCUUCCGCUAUUGAAUAAAUGAAAUUAAUAAUAACACAUUUAUUUUUGUCUUUGCAUUGUUACAGCUCACUUCCCCAGAAGAGAACCCACUGCCAGAAAAGUAGAGAUAUACAUUAAACGGCAGAACUGGGAGAAGAACAAAGUGAAGGUGGAGGAUGUCCUUCGUUACUGGCAACCUUCAAGCAACACUGACACAAAAAAAGACAUCAACGCAAUUAUGAAGCUGGUGAAGUCCCAGAAGUGGAAAGGACUGUACAUUUCCAGUGACCCUGUCAAAGGAAGAAAGGUCAUGACAACACGGAAAUUUGCUAAAGGGGAAGUCGUCUGUGACUACCACGGUCUCCCACUCUCAGGGAAGCAGGGGAAAGAACUUUUGGCAGCAACAGAUGAAGACGAGAUGGGGUACCUAUAUUUCUACAAGGAUGUAUCAGAGAAAACGUGCUGCAUAGAUGCCAAGACUGUGCCCUGCCCUUGCCACCCAGAGAAGGACACAAUUGGACGGAGGAUCAACCACUCCAGAAAGAGAAGCAACAUAAAGGGUCAGCUUCAGCAACUUGAAGAGGAUGGCAAAGUGUGGAACGUUAUCCUUUUCAUUGCCCAACGAGACAUUCCGGUGCAGGAAGAACUGUUAUUUGACUAUGGGGUGUAA